GGCGGGCGCCUCGUUCGCUCGCUUUGGCGUACGUGGCCUCUGCUACUUCGGGUUGCCCCCACACGCGCGCGCGCGCGGUGGCCUGGCCUGGGCGGGGCAGGCCGGCCUUUCCGUUCCCCGAGCGAGCGAGCUGCUAGUAAAAACCGGGGAGUUGGUGUGGGUGGGAUUGGCAUUGUAUCGUGAGAGAGAUUGAUAGAGAGAGAGGCGGACCUCCCUGACCUUAUCGGCAGCGCCAUCCCAUCCCUUGCCGUCCCCCCAAGAGCUCACCCCUCCGCCUCGCUUCUUCAUCUCCUCUCCUUUAAUUCGGCCCCGCGCCGCCCGCUUCACCCCCAUCCUACACCGCGUGCCUCCUUACCUUCUCUUUGUUGGAAUAACGAUCGUUUCGCUUGCUGCUCCGGGGAGGUUUUUCUUGGGCGAUCGAUCGGCUGGGCAGGUUCGUCGGAGGGAGGUUUCUGCCGCGCGCCGCCGGGGUGUCGACGUGUCGAGCGGUGCGUGGAGGAGGAGAAGCGUGCGGCGGAGGUUGUGGUGGUGAUGGUGAGGAGCGAGUUGUAGAGGAGGAGGGGCACCGAUCAACCGGGAAGCUGGCGGCCGGGAAGUGGUGGGAGCGGCCAGAUGACACGGCCAUGGCCGGGAUGGACCCUGGCGGGGGCGGCGCCGGCGCCGGCAGCUCACGGUACUUCCACCAUCUGCUCCGACCGCAGCAGCCGUCGCCGCUGUCACCGCUGUCGCCGACAUCCCAUGUCAAGAUGGAGCACUCCAAGAUGUCACCCGACAAGAGCCCCGUGGGCGAGGGAGAUCACGCGGGAGGGAGUGGAAGCGGCGGCGUCGGCGGUGACCACCAGCCGUCGUCGUCGGCCAUGGUGCCCGUCGAGGGUGGCAGCGGCAGCGCCGGCGGUAGUGGCUCGGGUGGGCCGACGCGGCGCCCGCGCGGGCGCCCGCCCGGGUCCAAGAACAAGCCGAAGCCGCCCAUCAUCGUGACGCGCGACAGCCCGAACGCGCUGCACUCGCACGUGCUCGAGGUCGCCGGCGGCGCCGACGUCGUCGACUGCGUGGCCGAGUACGCCCGCCGCCGAGGGCGCGGCGUGUGCGUGCUGAGCGGCGGCGGCGCCGUCGUCAACGUGGCGCUGCGGCAGCCGGGCGCGUCGCCGCCGGGCAGCAUGGUGGCCACGCUGCGGGGCCGGUUCGAGAUCCUAUCUCUCACGGGCACGGUCCUGCCGCCUCCCGCGCCACCCGGCGCGAGCGGCCUCACCGUGUUCCUCUCCGGCGGCCAGGGCCAGGUGAUCGGCGGCAGCGUGGUGGGCCCGCUGGUCGCCGCGGGGCCCGUCGUCCUGAUGGCGGCCUCAUUCGCGAACGCCGUGUACGAGCGGCUGCCGCUGGAGGGCGAGGAAGAGGAGGUCGCCGCGCCCGCCGCCGGAGGCGAAGCACAAGAUCAAGUGGCACAAUCAGCUGGACCCCCAGGGCAGCAACCGGCGGCGUCACAGUCCUCCGGCGUGACAGGAGGCGACGGCACCGGCGGCGCCGGUGGCAUGUCGCUCUACAACCUCGCCGGGAAUGUGGGAGGCUAUCAGCUCCCCGGAGACAACUUCGGAGGUUGGAGCGGCGCCGGCGCCGGCGGAGUCAGGCCACCGUUCUGACCCAUGUCUUAGCAUCCAGUUCAAAAAUUCUCCAAAUUAAGAAUUGCGCAGUGCAGAAGCCAUAGCAAUCCAAUGCAGAUAUGCAAGCUAAGCUAAUGGUACAAAAUUGCGACAUGCAUGUUGGAUUGUUGAUUGGACGAUCGACAGGCCUUUGUACUGGGUGCAACAUACGUAUGCAUCUAUCAUGCAUGCGUUGCAAAUUAAGAUUUCAAUUCAUAUUCAUGAGGAGGUUUAUCAUAUACACAUAUUUUAACAUCUGUGGGGGCAAGAAGCUAGAGGAGAGUUGCAAGAGCAAGCUCGGAAUAAACCAAAGGUCAGUGAGAUUAUCCAAUGUUUUGUGUUUAAUUCUACCAAGUGUUUUUUUUUCAUUUUUUUCUCUUUUGCAUUCUGUAAUAUGGUACUAUCCUAUUCUAGUUUGUAUCUUUUGAUCGGUAGAACCAUGUUUCUGAAAAACUCUUGUUCCCUUUUUUCAACCUCUGAAACAUGUGCAACACCAGAACUGUCUUAUGGUCACUUUCACUGGUCUGAAUUCAAGCUCACGAUUUGGUGGCGUUGAAUAUUAUUUUUUAUUUUUA